CCACCACCGCAUUGUCACCAGUGCCUCACAUCUGAUCGACGGCGGGCGGCCAGAAAGCUUGAACCGGCGCAACCCUCGUUUCCAUUUCACGUGCGUUUUUAUUCGAUCAACAAUGGUCGUUGAUUCCUUCUUCUUACCACCCAUCUCACUCUCGUUACCCUCAUUUCCCUCAUUUCUCCUACUAGUUCCAGUCCGCCAUGCAAGAGCACUGCCUCCAUUCGCCCGGCAAGUAGGUGCAGAAGCAAUGCCCGGUCCUCGUGACGUGCUCACUGGCUGGCCUCGGAUCAUUCACUUUCACCCUUAGAGCUCCUCCAGCCUAGCCCUCCACUUGUGCCCCCCACGAGCCUCAGGGCAAACCUGAGCUCGGUCGCCAACAUGAAUGCCUCCGCCGCAGGUUCAAAUGUCCUGGUGGGACAUGGACAAUCGUCGCCUGGAAGGGGCUUUGGUGCUGCCAUCAUAUCUCUCGUGACUUUUCUCCCUCAUGCGCUGUUAUGGAUCAUAGCAUUCUGUACAAUUACGCUGCCGACAUGGUUGUUCACUCUUUUUUCGAUGAGCUUGACCUUUACCAUGAAUUUCACUACUCUGCUCUUGAUCUUCGUCGCCGUGGUCUCGACCGUCAGUUGGUUCAUCCGCUAUCGUUUCCUAAACUAUUAUACACAUCUACCUCAAGAGCCGCAGCGAAAAGAACCCCAGAUAGACUUGUUUCCAGACACACAAGAUGGAGACUCGAAACCAGGAUUGGCCAACUACCUCGACGAAUUCCUUAGCGCAAUCAAGGUGUUUGGAUACCUGGAAAGGCCCAUCUUUCACGAAUUGACGCGAACGAUGCAGACUAGGAAGCUCAUCGCGGGGGAGACAUUGCUGCUUGAGGAAGAGAAAGGGUUCUGUUUGGUGGUGGACGGGCUGGUCCAGAUAUUUGUCAAAUCUUUGAGAGACUCGCCCGACGGCACCAGUACUGGUCAAAUUGACUUGUUCGACGAAGACGAAGGAUAUCGGGAAGGCAAUCAAGGAUAUCAGUUAUUGACCGAAGUUAAGAAUGGAGCGUCAAUGUCCUCUUUAUUCUCAAUCCUGUCCUUGUUCACCGAAGAUGUCAAGCUGCGCCAUGACGACCAGAUUCCCAAUGGCACGCGAUUUACCAACCACGUCACUCGCACCCCAGAUUCGAACGUUGCCAGCCCGACAAUGGAUCCGCCGACGCCAGGGUCAGCCGUCGCUGGUGGUCUUAGCGAAACGCAGAAAGCCAGGCUCCCUAGCGUGCCACCGUUGACCCUUGGAUCUGCCUUUGAUGAACGCCACUAUAAGAACCACCAAGCCAGACCCAAGCUUUCGGUUUCUGCGCAUCCUGAUAUUGUGGCGCGAGCAGUGGUUGACACCACCAUAGCCAUCAUCCCGGCAAGCGCAUUUCGCCGCUUGACUAGAGUGUACCCCAAAGCCACCGCCCACAUAGUACAGGUGAUAUUGACAAGGCUGCACCGAGUGACGCUGUCAACCGCGCAUCAGUAUCUCGGACUGACCUCGGAGGUCCUGCAGAUCGAGAAGCUGAUGAACAAAUACACCAGUUAUGAUCUACCCAACCAUCUCCGCGGCCAUGCCCUUGACAGAUUACGGGACAAGUUUGCCAAAGAACGAGAGAGGAUUGGCCCCGAAGAAGGAACGAAAGGGAUUGCAUUACACAAUCCGACAGCAGGCCGGCGGAGAUCUUCAAGUGGCCUUCGCAAAGAAGCCGCCACGAUAGCUCGGCUCAACGCAGCAAAGGGAGCGAGCUCUUCUUCGGCACCGAAUUCCAUACGGCCGGGAAUAGGUGACAGAAACGUCAGCUCGGGUGAUCUGCAUGGCGCGUCGAGGCCAAGUCAGAGACCAACCAGCCUUCAUCUCCGCUCGACCUCGAAUUGGACGAGUAUGGGAGCCCCUGACGGGUUCAGGAUGGAGCUGAGCCCAAUGGGAACCCGAGAACCACAACCUUUUCGCCAGUCGUCUUUCAGCAACGAUAUCCCGCACAGACAAGAUUCGAUCCAUGAGGACAGCUUGUUUCGCGAAUCUGUGCUGGAGUGCAUGGCCAAAGCUCUUGGGUUGAGCGAAACGGUAACCCAGGCCUUGAAAGGUGUUCCAGUCUCGGUCGAGCAGUCUCCACGGCUUGUAUCCUACGACGCAAAACGCCAAACGGCGAUUUUCAAUAAUGCCUUUGGCUUCAUCGACCCCUACGAAGGCUCGGCGGAUGGCGAGUCUGAAUCCAUGACGGCUUCGGCCGCCAGCGUUGGCGGCCCGCUAAACAGCCGUACUUUGAACGAGGAAUUAAUGGACGAUGUCGAGAUCGUGUAUUUUCCAAAAGGCUCUGUGUUGGUCGAGCAAGGCGAACGGAACCCGGGUCUCUACUAUGUGAUUGACGGCUUCUUAGGUGUUAGCAUCCCGGUCGAAGAGAAAGAAGAGAAACAAGAAUCAGACGAUCGCCGCCGGUCGCGGAGAGGCUCAAGAGACGACACUUUCCCACGUCUUCGAAGAACUAAAACCUCCACUUCGCGAACUCAAUCGACCGCAGGCUUCCCGGGACAACCCAAAGACAACAAAAGAAUGGUGCAGAAGACGUUGUUUCUGGUCAAACCUGGUGGCAUUGCUGGCUACGUUGGGACACUGUCGUCCUACAGAUCUUUUACGGAUGUGACGGCCAAAACGGACGUCUAUGUGGGUUUCCUCCCUCGUUCCGCAUUGGAGAGGGUUGCCGAGAAAUAUCCAAUUGUCCUCCUGACAAUGGCGAAACGCCUCACCAGUCUGCUCCCGAGGCUGAUCUUACAUAUUGACUUUGCUCUCGAGUGGGUACAAGUCAAUGCCGGUCAAGUCAUCCAUCACCAGGGAGACGAUAGCGAUGCCAUCUACAUCGUCCUCAACGGGCGACUACGAGCAGUCCGCGAGCUGGAGGGUGGAACCAUGAGGGUGACAGGAGAAUACGGCCAAGGUGAAAGCAUCGGGGAGUUGGAAGUUAUGACCGAUGGCACCAGGCCAGCCACCCUCCACGCUAUACGUGACACAGAACUGGCCAAGUUCCCGAGAAGCCUCUUUAACAGUCUCGCACAGGAGCAUCCCAAUAUCACCAUCCAAAUUUCAAAGUUGAUCGCGCAGCGCAUGCGAGCGCUUGUCGAAGCUCCGAUGACGGAAAAGGGCCAAGAGAGGAAGAGAGCCGCGUUGAGUGAUUCAAGCACAUCUACCCUGAAUCUCCGGACGAUAGCGGUGUUGCCAGUCACAGCGGGAGUCCCAGUCGUUGAAUUUGGGAAUCGGUUACUGGCAGCAUUAAGCCAGACCGGAGUGCCGAAUGGCGUUACGUUGCUAAACCAAGCCAUCAUCCUUAGCCACCUUGGCCGACACGCCUUCAACCGUAUGGGUCGUCUCAAGCUGUCACAGUAUCUCGCCGACCUCGAAGAGAAAUAUGGUAUGGUGCUCUACAUAGCAGAUACCAGUGUGAAUGCUCCAUGGACUCAAACUUGCAUCUCCCAAGCAGACUGCAUUCUGCUGGUUGGCUUGGCUGAGAGCUCACCGAGUAUUGGUGAGUACGAGCGAUUCCUUCUGGGAAUGAAAACAACCGCCCGGAAAGACCUUGUCCUCCUCCACGUCGAUCGAUACUCGCAACCAGGCCUGACCAGGAAAUGGAUGAGCAACCGAAUGUGGAUCAACGGUGGUCAUCAUCAUAUCCAGAUGGCAUUUCGUGUGAGCCCCGAAGCCACGCCGCAUUCCCCUCCGCGAAGGUUCGGCUCGGCGAUCAAGCAAAGUGUCCAGGUCAUUCAAGCCGAGAUCCAGAAGUACACCUCUCGCCGAGUUCGCCAGGCGCCGCUGUAUUCUGCUGAUACCCCUUUCAAAGGCGACCUGCAUCGACUUGCGAGACGACUCUGCGGCAAGUCUGUUGGGCUGGUGCUCGGUGGGGGCGGUGCGCGCGGUAUUUCACAUGUUGGGGUCAUCCGGGCCCUCGAAGAGGCAGGCAUACCCAUCGACAUCGUCGGGGGGACUUCGAUCGGUGCAUUUUUGGGAGCCCUCUAUGCCCGUGAUGCAGAUGUGGUGCCCAUGUACGGGCGCGCGAAGAAAUUCGCGGGUCGGAUGGGCAGUAUGUGGCGGUUCGCGCUGGACUUGACCUAUCCCUCCGCCGCAUAUACCACCGGUCACGAAUUCAACCGUGGCAUGUUCAAAGCGUUUGGGGAUUCGCAGAUUGAGGACUUUUGGCUGCCUUUCUACUGCAACACUACGAAUAUCAGCAAAUCCCGCGCGGAGAUCCACACUUCGGGAUAUGCAUGGAGAUAUGUCAGGGCCAGCAUGUCCCUCGCCGGUCUGAUCCCGCCAAUCUGUGAUGAAGGCAGCAUGCUGCUUGACGGGGGAUACAUCGACAACCUCACAGUCCAGCACAUGAAAUCUCUUGGCACCGAUCUCGUCUUCGCAGUCGACGUCGGCGCCGUGGACGACGACACUCCGCAACAAUAUGGCGACACCCUCUCGGGCUUUUGGUCGCUGCUCAACCGCUGGAACCCUUUCUCUUCGAUCCCUAAUCCACCGACAUUGUCCGACAUCCAAGCUCGCCUGGCGUACGUUUCCUCGGUCGACGCCCUAGAACGCGCGAAAGCCACCCCGGGGUGUAUCUACAUGCGCCCUCCGAUCGAAGCCUACGGGACACUGGAGUUUGCCAAGUUUGACGAGAUCUACGAGGUCGGGUAUAGCUACGCAAAGGAAUUCCUUUCGAGACUGCGGAGCGAGGGCCAACUGAAUGGCAUUAUCGACGCCUGGGUGGCCGCGAAUGAUGAGGAGGGCAAGAAGCUGUUGAGAGCAAUGGCGCCGAGGCGGGCGAGUAUUUGAGACGCCGAUGUCGACCGCGCCGUUCGAAGCCAGGGCAUACAAUCUUGGUUCGUCGACAUUGAUAAAGUUACACGUACCUCUCAGAGACGACGUAGUUUGAAGAUGCCGUCACGUUAGCUGUCUUGACUGCAUCUUGACUCGUACGUUCCGAGGCUGGCGUGUCCAGGGAGACUCGCUCUUGACCGGUAAUAUAAAUCUGCUAGAACCGAACGCAAAAGCUGCAAUCUAGGCUGUUAAACAACCAUAUCAUGUCACGCAUGCUAUGCCAUUGC